AUGCUGCUAAUCGCCGCGGACGCCCUAAAGGAGGCAGGAAUACAUCCCGCGACGCAUUCCCUUCCCUCAACGCCUGCCAAGAUGCAAGGCUGCGGGGCCGUCCUCCCCUGCCUCCCCUUUCUCCCCUGCCUCCUCCUCCUCCUCUUCUCCUCUGGGACGGCUGGCCAGUCCCUCUGCCCCGAUCUCGAAGCCAUCGCGCCUUGCAGCUGCCACUCAAAUGGAAUCGUGGACUGUUCGAGAGCAAACAGCAGUGAUGAAAUCUUUUCGGCCUUCAACGACGUCGUUUGGCCAUCUACGACGCUAUCAGAGUUCAGGCUGAUGCAGAACGAAGCGGUGACGGACCUCCCAGCCGGGACCUUCGGGAACGUCACGUUCCAGGAGAUCCGGAUCCAGAACGGCAGCCUGGCGACCGUGGACCCCUCGGCCCUCCUCCCGUCGAAGGGCCGCCUCCUCCGCCUCUCGAUCGAGUCGGGCCGACUGACGGCCUUCCCGUUCGACGUCCUCCCGCGGUUGGCCCUGCUGAGGGCCCUGAGCCUCGCGGGAAACUCGCUGACGUCCGUGCCCGCCGUCGCGAGCCCGAGCUUGGAGGAUCUGGACGAAGCGAUUCCCAUUCCAGGUCUCACCAGCAAUGCAGUGCUCAACCUGUGGAGCAACAACAUCACGGGACUGCCCGAAGACACCUUCCUCCCCAUUCUUGAGGAUCUGGAGGGAAAUGGGUUCAUCCUUCUUGCGAGAAAUCCGAUCCAGUGCGAUACUUGGUUUGUUCUCAAUCCAAACUACACGAAGUAUCUGCAGAAGCUGUGGGGGUCGAAUUGCGACCUCUGCCCCGACUCUGAUGUGAUUUCCCCCUGCACCUGCACGUAUGAUGAACUCUACAGUGAGGUGACGAUGGACUGUUCGCAAGCAAAUAGCAGUGAGAUCUUCUGGGCAUUCAAUGAUUUCCCAGAGAUUUUCAACCUUUUCACGAACUACGGUGGACAACGGAAAUUCUCCAUGCAGAGCAAUUGGGUAGUGGAUGACCUCCCGAAGGGGGUCUUCGGGAAUGUAUCCUUCGACACCAUAUACAUUUCGGAUACCACAUUGGCAUCGGUAGAUCCCUCUGCAGUGCUAUCAUCCAAGGACCGACUCGAGCAGCUGACCAUUUUCCAGAGCAGCCUGAAAGACUUCCCGUUUCAAAUCCUUUCGCAAAUGAGCAAUCUGAAAACAUUGUCUCUCGCUUACACCGCUUUGAAGUCGGUGCCAGCCUUCGCAAGCUCCGUUCUCGAAUAUCUGCGUAUCUGGAACAACCAAAUAAAUACACUUGACCCCGGAUGGUCCCUGCCCAACUUGAAGAUGCUGGACAUCAGUUACAAUCCCAUCACCAAGCUACCUCCUGGACUGGUGAAGAAUAUGAAGAACUUGACAUUAUUUGAUGCGUCAGGCUGCCAACUGGGGUCAAUUUUUCCUAACGGGUCCUUGGAGUUCGACAGUGGAAGCUUGUAUGCGGUGUACCUGCAACAGAAUAACAUUACCGGACUGGAAUCUUUGGCCAUUACUGGUCUCAACGGUGACACUCAGGUUAAUCUGAUGGGCAACAAUAUCACACAAUUGACAGAAGACUCAUUCCGGCCCAUGCUUCAGAACCUCUCCCAGGGGGCAAAUGGACAAAUCCUUCUUUGGGGUCUCGAAUUCAUUUCACCCUGCGCCUGUUCAUCUGAUGGAAUCGCAGGAGAAGUAAUCAUGGAUUGUUCACAAGCAAAUAGUAGUGAGAUAUUCUCGGCAUUCAACGAUGUCCCUGCAGUCUCAGCUAUUCUCAUGAAUUACGAAGGAAAACGACAAUUCUUCAUGCAGAACAAUUGGAUAGUCAAUGACCUCCCAGAGGGGGUCUUUGGGAACGUAUCCUUCGACAACAUAUACAUCCAGAACACCAACCUGGUCACCGUAGAUCCCACUGCAUUGCUCUCGUCCAAGGAUCGACUUGAUCAACUGACGAUUUCGCAGAGCCGCCUAGUCGAUUUCCCCUUCAACGUCCUUCCUCAAAUGAGCCGUCUGAGAACAUUGGACCUGGCGUAUAAUGCCUUGGCGUCAGUUCCAGCCAUUGGAAGCUCCGUUCUCGAAAACCUGCGUCUUUGGAACAACCAAAUAAACACACUUGAAUCUGGAUGGUCUCUGCCCAACUUGAAGAUACUGGACAUCAGUUACAAUCCGAUCUCCGAACUUCCUCCUGGACUGUUUGAGAACAUGACGAAUUUGACGAAUGUCGAUGCCUCCCAUUGCAAUCUGGGACCGAUUUUGUCCAACGGUUCCUUGUCAUUCCAGAGCGAAGUCUUGACUGAAGUUGACCUCCAGCAGAACAACAUUGUCAGAUUGGAACCAGGAGCCAUUGCAGGUCUCACAGGUGAUACAUGGGUGUAUCUUAGCGACAACAAUAUCACAGACUUGACGGAAGACUCCUUCCUGCCCAUACUUGAGGCAAUUUCCGAAGGGGGAGAUGGGCAGCUUAUUCUUCAGGGGAACCCAAUCCAGUGUGAUCCCUGGCUCGUACUCCAUCCGGACUCCGCGAAGUUCAUGCACAGGCUACAGGGGAUAGAUUGCGGGUCUUGCUCAAAUCCAAAUGCAAAUUCUUCCUGCUCCUGCAUCUUCGAUGACAUCUCCGGUGAGGUUACUGUGGACUGUUCGCAAGCAAGUAGUGGCGAAGAGAUCUUCUUGGCUUUCAAUAAUUACAUCUGGCUCUCCACUCUGCUCGCCAACUACGGUGGACAACGGAGGUUCUUGAUGACGGAAAAUAGGGCAGUGGAGGAGCUCGCAGCAGGAGUUUUCGGGAAUGUCACCUUCGACCACAUAUUCAUUUGGGACACCAACUUGGUCACCGUUGAUUCUUCGGCGGUGCUUUCGUCCAAGGAUCGACUCGAACAGCUUACGAUUGCCAACAGCCUCCUUGGAGAUUUCCCGUUUCAGAUCCUUCCUCUGAUGAUCCAGUUGAGAGGACUCCAACUCGAUUCGAAUUUGUUGAAGUCAGUGCCAGCCCUCAAAAGCCAAAGUCUCCAGAAUCUGAGUCUUUCUUUCAAUCAAAUAGAGACACUCGAAUCCGGCUGGUCCAUGCCCAACUUGGAGAUACUGAACCUCAGUUACAAUCCGAUAUCGCAGUUUCCAUCCCGACUGGUCGAUGGCAUGGUGAAGCUGAAUUUAUUUUCUGCGUCUGGCUGCAAUGUGGGGCCGACUUUGUCAAGUGGAUCCCUGUCGUUCCAUAGUAACGCCUUGCAAUUGGUAUCCCUCGGAGGCAAUAAUAUCGCGAGACUGGAAGCUGGAGCUAUCACAGGUCUUGGGGUCGAUACGACUUUUCUUCUGCACGAGAACGAUAUCAAGGUGUUGACUGAAGACUCAUUUGAACCCAUUUUUGAGACCCUCUCUCUCGGCAAUGGGAAAAUCCUCUUACUGGGAAACCCCAUCCAGUGCGACACUGGCAUGUCCUGGCUCUUGCUCCACCCAAACGCCGCGAUGAUCCUCAAGAAUGUGACGGACAACCUGGAAUGCGCGAAAGGGACUUCGCUCUUGGACCUCCUCCUCCUUCGCUUUCUUAAUAAUGUCCUUCCGUUCCAGUGGGUGAAUUCCGUGGCUUGAGGGCUUCUUUUCUUCUCGCUUUGUGGGUGUGAAGAGUGAACCGCCAAAUCUCUGUCAACCUCCACCGUUUUGACAUCAUUGCACAUUUUAUAGAGCAAAGGAAAUGAAUAUGAAGAUGGCUGUCACAAAGGGAGCGUUGAGUGCUGCUUCGCUGUUGGGCUAUUUUCCUCUUUAAUUUUUAUUGGGAACAAAUAAUGCCAUCAAAUCAUGGUUGUAUUCCCUUCCCU